UAUCUCCCUCUCUAAUCCUCUCCAAUUUUUCUUUUUAAAAAUUUAAUUAAAUUUUUGUAGGCAUCCCAUUCAGGCUGAAUAAACUCUUUGAUAAUCCUGGAGGGGAAUCUGCAUUAAAAGGACGUGUGAUGUAGUAUGACCAAAACUGAUGACAGCAUUAGGGUUCAGCAUGACCUGUUCUCAGGGUUCAGAAACACCCAGCGAUGGAAGGGUCUUGUACGCUGCCUCCUCCAUGCAUCAAAAUCCACUCCCCACUUCACGGUUUGCACCUGGUAAAGCAAAGAGAGUGCCAGGAUCCUGAGACCAGGACUGCAGAGGAGCAGCGGCAGGCAGCCUCGCUCUGCUCAGGCACUGCUCACAUUCAGGCAUCUUUACACAAGGGGAUCUGUUUUGGUCAAGCUUCCACGAAUGACUCCCUUGGCUCUCCAUCCACCUGGACCACUCUGCAGGCAGCGAAACACUUUGCUGCUGUAGGUUCUGCCUGGAUGGAGAGAUGGCUCCGUAUACAUCUGGUACUCGUGGUGUAGAAUAUUACUCUCCUCCAAAUAUCGGCGAUACGGGCACACCAAAGGGUCAGGAGGUGAGGAAUUGGGUGGCAGAGACAGCGCAACGAGGACCCACUGCUCGUGCAAUGGGUGGGCGCAGGCUGGGAUCACUGCCCCGUCCUCCGGCAGGACAUAACCCAACUCCUACCAGCACAGCGUGCUUUACCCCUGGCUCUAACCACUAACCACUGGGGCUGGGGAGAUGGGGGCCUAAGAUGUCAAGACCCUCCUCCAACUGCAACUUUUGAAUCUGCCUUCUAGCAUUCAGGUUUUCAAAGUGCAUUUCCCUAAGACUGCAGUGAGCACAGCAAGGCUGGGACAGGAGUUUGCUGCAGUGCCAGCAGGAAGGGGACUGCUCGGUUCUCUUUUCCGUCACUCUCCAACUUGAUGGAUGCAGGUGAGCAGCUUUGAUCCUGACCCACCGUGCUGCUGGUCUUCGAUCCAAUGAAGCAUUUAAACACCUGCUAGGAAAGCGCAUAAACCCGUUUGACUUCAGUUUGCCUGCUCGUGUGCAAACUGCAGCAUGUGCUUGGCUUAGGGGUCCGCACUCUGAUGUUUUCCCUUUUAUGCUAUCAGGCUCAUUAGUAGUAGCUGCUGGAGAUCCUGACUCAGAACAGCAGCAAAGGCAAGUGAGCAGCUGCUCUGAGGACUCAGAUCUUGUCAGGAAGAGCUACAACUGCUUGCUCCAUGAACAGACAUCAAGCCACAUAUGUAUAUAAAUUCAGUAUUAAAGCUAGAGGCUAUAAUAAUGAGUUGUCCAGAAAGCUCACGUUCGUACUACAGAGAAGAAAAUGAAGCCAAACCAAAAUUGUUUCAGGAAUGCUUUAACUUCCAGUUUUAAAAUGACCCAUCUCAGCUCCACCCAGACCAGCCUCAUCCACUUUGUCCUCAGUGGUGCAAACCUGAGAAAAUCCAAACUAUGACAAGGUGUUUCUUCACGGAUUUGAUCCCAGUUUUACUUUUCUUAAUGUUAUUCUUUAUCUGUCUUUCAGUUACUAUAGUGAUGAACAAAUGCAUGCAACAAACACGAGGCCUGGCAGCCUGGGAAGGCGUGUUUGCCUGCAAUGGCUGAAAAUACCGCCAAAUUUUUUGAGAAAUCAGUUGAAAGAUCUUUGCCAAAACCCCUCACAUCUUUAAAAAAUGGGUCCUACCAAACAAGUUGAUAAUAAAUUGUGUUUAAUAGACAUUUAUUUUUUGAAACUUUGUGUAUCUUGUCAGCAAGAAACAUACAUUGCAAUUUGUUGGCUGCUCUGGUUUCUCCUGCAUCUACACACCAUCAAAGGCGUCCCUUUUCCAGGUGCAAGGACCUAAACUGGGAUUAAAGGGCAUGAAAUUGAUAGCUACAAACCAAAUUUCUUCUCUGAACUUGUGUGUACUUUGGAUCACCCUGUUCCAGUGCAGUUCUGCUCUGAGAAACGACAGCCUGAAGAGCUCGCAGUGACGUCCCUCGGGGUCACCCACAAAGCCCGAGAGGCAUUGUAUGAGUGCAGCAGUGUGCCUGAAUCCAUGCCAUGGAUCUCACUCAACAAACUCAGUCUCUUGGAGUCAAAUCUGCUGACAUUUCUAGCCAGAAGUUACAUCAAGACGGAGAGGCCAAGCUGAAGGGCCUUGCCCUGUGGAUGGAGUUUCAGCGUGGGCACGGAGCCCACAUAGUUACACAGAGGGAACGAGGAGCCUAGUCUCAUGCAGACCUGGAGGUACUGGCGAUGGAGGGAACCCUGGAGCUGCAGCCGAAGCUGAGUGCUGGUAGUUGGAAAAAUAUCACUUCAUUUCCAAAAGCAGGUCUAGUCAGAAAUCCUCCCUGCAGCUGUCAGUACCGAGCCUCAUGUUUACAUGAAAUGUUUACAGGCACUUUCCAAAGGAGAAACUGCACAAACGCACUGUAGCUUUGAACCCCCAAAAUACAAAAUGCAGUUCCAGAUGUGGAAGGUUAGCAUACCUGAAGAUGGAGCUGCUCAGAUCCUGCUUUUAUCCUCAGUCCAAUAUUGCAAUAGUUAUUUUAAAACUUCAGAUGAUGAGCUGGUUGUGGUGCCCACCUCUGCCAAGACCGAGGUUUGUUAAGGGUCACAGGGUCAGAUUUUCAGCUGCCAAAGCUCUAAUGAUGUCAAAGGAACCGGGCUGACACUGCAAGCGAAAAAUGCGCUUGCGGUGUGGCUCCACUUCCCUUCUGCUAUUUUCGCACACAAACAAACAGACAAACGCACAAAUCCCUGAAGUUGGCUUUCAAAGCCGAGAGGGAGAGAAGCCCUUUGCCAGGAUCAAGGGGGAUUUGCCCUCCCCAAAGCGCUCAGCUAAAAACCUGGCGGACGAGGGUCGCAGAGCGCUCCGGGAGCCGGCUGAGGGAUGAGGCUGCCGGGGGGGGGGGGGGGGGGGGCGGGCAGAGCCACCCCCCACCUGGGCAGGGCAGGGGCAGAGGCGCAGCCCCCCCCCCCGCCCCGGCCUGGCCCGGGCGCAUCGCGGCGGGACCGACCCAACUUUUCUCGGCUCGGGGCUGGCAAGGGAGAGCCGGCAGGAGCUGGGGGGGGGGUGGUGCGGGGCCGGGCAGCCCCUCUGCUCCCGGGGCGGGGCGGGAGCGGGGCGGGGGCGGGGGCGGACGCUCCCCGCGGCCGCGGAGCGGCGGGGCGGGGGCAGCGCUCCCUGCGCUGCCGCCGCGCCUCGGCAGGCAGCGCCGCAGCCCCGCGGGCGGCGAGCGCGGUGUGUUCCCCCCCCCGUCCCCUCCCCGCACUGCACCGCACCGCGCCAGCAUCAUCAGCACCGAAGACCGGCCCGGGCGGCCCCGUCCUGCCCCGCCGCCGCGAUGAGGAGGCGCGCCGGGGGAGCGGGGCUCCGGCACGGCGAUGGACGAGGUCUCUUCUAUGGACAUUGAACUCCCAGCUACCUAUGCCUAUUGCCUGUGAUGGAAGAACUUGAUGUUAAUGUGAGUUCGAGUGAGGGCUUCGGCGUAGCGGAGAAGAUUGUGCUGCUCACCUUCAUCUCCGCCGUUAUACUGAUGGCCAUCCUGGGGAACCUGCUGGUGAUGGUGGCUGUGUGCCGGGACAGGCAGCUCAGGAAAAUCAAGACCAAUUAUUUCAUUGUUUCCCUUGCCUUUGCGGACCUGCUGGUGUCAGUGCUGGUGAUGCCGUUUGGAGCCAUUGAGUUGGUUCAGGACAACUGGAUCUAUGGAGAGAUGUUCUGCCUGGUCCGAACGUCCCUCGAUGUCCUGCUCACCACAGCAUCAAUCCUGCACCUGUGCUGUAUCUCGCUGGACAGGUACUAUGCUAUCUGCUGCCAGCCUCUGGUUUACAGAAACAAGAUGACUCCAUUGCGCAUUGCUGUAAUGCUUGGAGGGUGCUGGGUAAUCCCAACAUUUAUUUCUUUCCUUCCUAUCAUGCAAGGCUGGAAUAGCAUUGGCAUCAUUGAUCUGAUUCAGCAAAGGCAGUUCAACAAGGCUUCCAACUCCACUUACUGCAUAUUCAUGGUCAACAAGCCAUACGCCAUUACCUGCUCCGUGGUGGCCUUCUACAUUCCCUUCCUCCUGAUGGUGCUGGCCUACUACCGCAUCUACGUCACGGCCAGGGAGCACGCCCGACAGAUCCGGGUGCUGCAGCGCGCGGGGGCCCCCACCGACGGCCGGCAGCACCACCCGGACCAGCACAGCACCCACCGCAUGAAGACUGAGACCAAAGCUGCCAAGACCCUGUGCAUCAUCAUGGGGUGCUUCUGCCUGUGCUGGGCUCCCUUCUUUAUCACAAACAUAGUGGACCCUUUCAUAAACUACACGGUGCCGGGAAAGCUGUGGACGGCUUUCCUGUGGCUGGGCUACAUCAAUUCAGGGUUGAACCCUUUCCUCUACGCCUUCCUGAACAAGUCUUUCAGACGUGCCUUCCUCAUCAUCCUGUGCUGUGGUGAUGAGCGAUACCGAAGGCCUUCCAUCUUGGGGCAGACGGUCCCCUGUUCCACCACCACAAUAAAUGGAUCAACUCAUGUACUAAGGUACACUGUUUUACGUAAUGGGCAUCAUCAGGAACAUGAGAAGCUUCCCAUCCACAAUGACCCUGAAUCCCAAGAGUCCUGUUUCUAGUCACGGUCCUAGAAGAGGAAUGGCCCAGCUGAAGGAGCAGAUUCAUUUCAGGAUACCUAAAGGAUUCACGGACAGCAGGACUUUAUGAAAACUCAUUCAUCUGCAUUGUCAUGGUGCCUCCUGCACCGACUUCACAUGAAUGUCCAGCUGCACAUGUGUAUCUACACAUAUUGAUUGAUGGGGGCAUGGGAAGGUACACGAGCAGAACAGCUGAGGAGACUUUCCUGUAUCUGCAAGGACAGCUGGACUGUAUGACUGCAUCAGAGCCUUACUCCAGGAGUGAGCUGAUUUCUGUCAAUGUGAGGAAACAACACAGAUACAAACCACCCAGUGCAGGAGUUCUGUUAUUCCUUUCCAGCUGCCAUCUGUGUACAAGCCACCUCUCUGUCCUGUGGUAUCAUGAUCUUAAAGAUUAGAAGUUCUGGCUAAAGCCCUAACACGAUGUGAGACUAAAUGCCUGCUUUACCUGCGCAAGAUCCUGCCCGCCGGUGAUCGGAUGCUGUCAGGAGAGAAACAGCACUACGUUUUCUUCAGCAAAAUAAGAGGAAAUGUUUGCCCUUUGAUUAUAGUUAGUGGUGAAAGGUCAGCAUGAGCUGCUGAUUCACCCUACCCUGCAGAGCUUUCUUUGUAAAUGCUUUUAUUGUGUUUCCUGGCCAAGUUCAUUGGUAGAAGACUCAUAGGGUAUAUAUAGUGCCUGACAAGCUGGAGUGGGACCUACAGGGACGUUUCACUGCUACCAGAAGGCCCUGCAAGCACUGCUUCAAUCCAGCCCAAUUGCUAAAAGACAGUGGCCAUCCUCUGCCAUUCAGAGGCCAAUGGACAGGAUGUGGCCCUUAAACCCCAGGCAAGCUGACAGUGCUGUCCUCAUCUGAGCAAACUUUGGGCGUUCUUACCAAGAAGAAAGGUUGGCCAAGAGACAGAGUCAGUCUGUAAUAGAUCACUAAGUGCCAUCUUGAAAAAUAUACCAUCUUUCCUAGCUACAUUAGGAAGACAGACUUCUACUUACAUUUUCCACCUUUAUUUUUCUAUUUGUUUCUGUUCUCUUCCAGUUGAGGCAGGAAGUUUCAAGACUUUCAAAUAUCACCACAUGCACAUCUCUGUUUGCAAAGAUCUCAGUUCUUAGCUGCUUCCCGCAUGUAGAUGUUGCUAUGUUCCUUGUGAGCUGCUUUCACCUUUGCAUGGAAAGAGUAGGCAAGGCUGUAGACUUCGCAACUUUGGGACAAUUAUUAUCAUGCAGUGGGAAAUAUGUAGGAUCAAGACUACAAGCCUCUACCCUUUUUAGAUGAAGAUCUAACCCAGAGAUGCCACCCUGAGCCUAGAAAAUAAAAUUGUACUUUGUUAUAUUGUGUAAUCAUGUACAGAUAUUUUUAAUGUAAAAAGAAAAGUGACAUUAUUUAUUAUUUUUUAUCAGGAAUAUGUGGGUUUUUUCAUUAAAAGCUUCUAGACCCAGGAGCUUAACAUUAUAUGUAUUAUUAUUUAGUAAUAUUUCUGUUGCUAUGUGACAGGUAUUUACUGUAAACAAACAAACAAAUCCUGCUUUGAACAAACAAAAAUGUUGCUCAGUAGGAAAAAAAAUUUGUGCAUGAUAAGAACAACUGGCUUCCUUGCCAUGGCGUCUGACUUCUUUAAAUACUUCUUCCACAUAAAAGUCACUGAUAAAGCUUCACAUCGUUUUCCUUUAGGAUUCAAAAAGACACUGGGCAGAAACAGCCCUAAUUAGAAGAAGCCAGACACUUACUAAUGUAGAAAAUUGUUAGCAGUUAGGAGACAAACUAUUGGUGUUCGUGGUGAUAGGUGCUGGUGGGAUGGGAAGAGCAUGAGCUAUUUGAAAAGAGAGGGUGAGAGAGUUUGAGCCAAUUCCUGGUUCAGUAUUAGGAACCAUUUGGCAAUGACCAGUUUUUACAGGGCUGUGUUUCCAAAAGAACUCAUUAUCAGUUCAACUCUAUUGUUAACACCAAAACAGAGCAGUGGGUGAAAAAAAUUGGCCGUUAUUGAAAGUUUGGAAAAAAUCCAUCCAGGGCCACUUCAGUCCUGUGAUCUACACCUCUGUGGAACUGCUCGCAUGGGGUUUUGUCUGGAUUUGGGUAUGCAAGACUGCAGAACAGGUUGUCUUGGUUUCACCUCAAAGUAUCAAAUUUCUUAAAGAAAUCCUAGAAAAGCUUUUCUCUGUCCCCAUUAAAAGGCAUCAAUACAUUGGUGUGAAAUGUCUCAGAGUGAUAUGGAACCAGCAGCAUGGGGAUGCUAUAGUGAUGGUGUUCUUUGUUUCUGCUGUUGUCCUUGAAGUGUUGUCUUCUCCUAUAUUUUUUGUGUGCUUUAGUAAUAGAUCUCUUCUUAAUUUAAAAUGAACUUCUCAACACUGAGUUUUACUCAUGGGCAAUGUUCAGAAGGCUCUAUCAAUGGGAUCAGUAGCUCACUAGCCAAAAUGGUCAGCAGCUCUGAUUGGAAAAAAGUCUCCAAUUUCAAACACCAUAUUGGAAUGAAAUACCAAAUAUGAAAUGUCCAUGUUCUGUGUCAUCUCUGGCUAAUUGCUUGUUGGACUCAGUAAGCCUGUCAUGAACCACCUGGCAGCUCCUGCUUAAUAAGUCAAUCUCAGCAAUGCUUCUGUGAACCCAGAAAAUGACAUUGUCCAUCAUCAAUAAUGUUAGAAUUUCUAUGGAAAAGAAGCUGUCUCAUGGAAAGGACCCGUACUUGAUUUCCUUUGCUAAAGGUAGCUAGUCCUGCAGCCUCUGAGUUCAUCUUCUCAUUGACCAUUUUGGCUAGCAGUGUCAGAGUCUUUGCCUGUGCUGAAUAAUAUGUAACGCAUUGGCUGCUUCUAAAAAUAAAAAAUCCUCUAUGUA